AUGGUAAUGAGCAGUGUGAGACAGGUGUUUGUAAGUCAUUAUCCAGACCAAGCGCAGAGGAGACGGGGAAUCAACGCCGUCCCGAGUGCCACCUCUCUCUGGUCAUCCCCGUCCCCCCUUUCCCCAACCCCGGCCCCUCCCCUCCCACCCCGCCAUCCCCGAGCCAUGGCCGGCCUCCCACAGUCCUUCAGCAGCUUCAGCGGCUGCGGGCCAUCGGGCCUGGGGUGGAGGAUGAGCGGGGAGCCUGGCUUCAGCUCCUGCAGCUUCAUCCCAGGAGAUGUUCCCUCUUCCUUCUGCAAAGUGACCGUCGACCCCUCCCUGCUGCUGCCCCUGGACAUUAAGGUGGACCCGGCCAUCCAGCAGCAGAAAGCCCGGGAGCGGGAGGAGAUGAAAACCCUCAACGAUAAGUUUGUCUCUUUGAUUAUGAAGGUGCAAUACCUGGAACAGAGGAACCGGCUCCUGGAAACACGCUGGGCCUUCCUCCAGGAACAGGAGUCAGGCCCGAUCGACUGCUCCAAUAUCUACGAGGUCUACACCACCCGGCUGCAGAAGGAGCUGGCUGAUGUCAGCCAGGAGAGGGGCCGACUGGAGGCCGAGCUGCAGCAGGUGCUGGGGAGCGUGGACGAAUACCGCAACAGGUAUGAAGAAGAGAUCACGAAGAGAAUGGACAUGGAGUUUACCUUCGUUCAGCUGAAAAAGGACCUGGAUGUUGAAUGCCUACGGAGAACUGAGUUGGAGACCAAGCUACAGGGCCUUCAGGGCUUCGUGGAGCUGAUGAAAAAUGUGUAUCAGCAGGAGCUCCAGAACCUGAUGGCAGAAGUCAAGGAUGUCUCCGUGACAGUGGGGAUAGACAGCCAGUGCCACAUCAACCUGAGCGGUAUCGUGGAGGAGGUGAAGGCCCAGUAUGAUGCCAUCGCAGCCAAGAGCCUGGAGGAGGCUGAGGCCUAUUCCAGGAACAGGCUGGAGGAGAGCCAGGCUCGGUCGACCGAAUGCGGGAACAGCCUCCAGGCCAGCCGGAGUGAGAUCGCCGACUUGAACAUUCAGAUCCAGAAACUGCGCUCCCAGAAACUCUCGCUCAAGAGUCACUGUUUGCACCUGGAAGAGAGCAUCAAGGAGGCCGAGGAGCAGGGCAAUGUGGCCUUUCAGGACGCCAAGGCCAAACUCCUGCGACUGGAGUCCGCCCUGCACAAGGCCAAGCAGGACAUGGCGCUCCAGCUGCGGGAUUACCAGGAGCUGAUGAACGUCAAACUGGCCCUGGACAUCGAGAUUGCCACUUACCGGAAGCUGGUCGAGGGAGAGGAGAGCAGAAUGGACUGUCCCUCCUCAGCCACGGUCAGCACCUUCCAGUCCAGGAACAGGCCCACCAAAGCCAGCUUCUUAGGCCCCUCUCAAUCUCUGUCCUGCAAGAAGAAGUAUGAGAAGAAGGGUCCGGUCAUCAAGAUCACCGAGCUGACCGAGAAGCUAUUCUCUCAGGAGUCCGAGGCCACUCAGUAA